GGGUUUGAUGUGGAGAAGGAGGAGGCCCAGGCCAUGUUUGGGAUGGAGGGAUGGAUGGAUGGAGGUGGUGGAGGGUUGAUAAACUCAGCCACAGCACUUCAGACUCUCACUUCUGUCCUGCCCCCCCUCACAUCCCAGCAGGCCCUACACUGCCACGUGUGACUUGGUGUCGUAGUGUUGUUGCUUGCCCGCAGCGCCCCCUGCAGUCAUGUGUGAUGAUGAGGAGAGCACCGCUCUGGUCUGUGAUAACGGAUCAGGUCUGUGCAAGGCUGGGUUUGCGGGAGAUGAUGCCCCUAGAGCUGUUUUCCCCUCCAUUGUAGGCCGACCCAGGCACCAGGGAGUGAUGGUGGGUAUGGGGCAGAAGGACAGCUACGUUGGAGACGAGGCUCAAAGUAAAAGAGGAAUUCUCACCCUGAAAUAUCCCAUCGAACACGGAAUCAUCACCAACUGGGACGACAUGGAGAAGAUCUGGCAUCACUCAUUCUACAACGAGCUGCGAGUUGCUCCAGAGGAACAUCCCACCCUGCUGACUGAAGCUCCUCUCAACCCCAAAGCCAACAGGGAGAAGAUGACACAGAUCAUGUUCGAGACCUUUAAUGUUCCUGCCAUGUACGUGGCCAUCCAGGCCGUCCUGUCGCUGUACGCCUCUGGACGCACCACAGGUAUUGUCCUGGACUCUGGUGAUGGCGUCACCCACAAUGUGCCAAUCUACGAGGGUUACGCUCUGCCUCACGCCAUCAUGAGGUUGGACCUGGCAGGUCGUGACCUCACAGACUACCUCAUGAAGAUCCUUACGGAGCGUGGCUACAGCUUUGUCACCACCGCCGAGAGAGAGAUCGUCCGAGACAUCAAGGAGAAGCUGUGUUACGUUGCUCUGGACUUUGAGAACGAGAUGGGGACAGCGGCCACUUCCUCCUCUCUGGAGAAAAGCUAUGAGCUUCCUGAUGGCCAAGUCAUCACCAUCGGCAAUGAGAGGUUCCGCUGCCCCGAGACGCUGUUCCAGCCGUCCUUUAUCGGUAUGGAGUCAGCUGGUAUCCAUGAGACGACCUACAACAGCAUCAUGAAAUGUGACAUUGACAUCCGUAAAGACCUGUACGCUAACAAUGUGCUGUCUGGCGGCACCACCAUGUACCCCGGGAUCGCGGACCGCAUGCAGAAAGAGAUCACAGCUCUGGCCCCCAGUACCAUGAAGAUCAAGAUCAUCGCUCCCCCAGAGAGGAAGUACUCGGUGUGGAUCGGCGGCUCCAUCCUGGCCUCACUGUCCACCUUCCAGCAGAUGUGGAUCAGCAAGCAGGAGUACGACGAGGCCGGACCCUCCAUCGUCCACCGCAAGUGCUUCUAGAAGGAUCCAUCUUCUUCCAGACCCCCAACCCUUGUCUUCUUUUUCUUGCUCUUCCCAGCAUAUCUUAUUUUAGCCCUCACUGAGCACGAGCUAACAGAUCGCAGAUCAGCUGCCCAAAUACAUCCAGACAGCAAAAUCAACCAUCUUCUUUUGCCGUUUAGAAAGAUGCUACAAAUGUCUUCCUGGUUCAGUAUAUUACUCUGACAGCUGGUCAAAGGGAAGUGAUGUCUUCUUGGUAGCUUGAGUUUGUGAAAUAAACCUUUAACUGUUCAGAACAGAAUCAGAAGAUCCUUCAGCUCAAACGUCCCAACUCACCAUAAAACUGUGAAUGUGGCACUUGUCCUCCAUCUUUAACUUCCUCUUGCUCCACCUGUGGCCCCACCCCCCUCCAUGUUGGUUCUGUUUCCUGUCAAAAAGUGUGUUUUUAUUUUUGAUGAAAAAAAGCUUGAAUGUUGCCCGCUGAUGUUACCUUCCAUCGUUGGCGAGUACAGCACAUUCAAACAGUCUUAUGAUGAUGUCACACAGUGUAUGAUGAUGUCACAUGUGAGCAGGAGGCAUGGCCUCACCAUGCUGUCUGCAUCAGAUAUGUGAAGAAGUGGAAGUUGGUGUGUGAUGACGGUGAUGAUGAUGAUGAUGAUGGAAGUGACAGGCAAUUGGCCCAGAUGACAAUAAAGAGCUCUCAUACCA